AUGGCCAGCAUCCUGCAGAAAUGGCUCCUUUGGAGUAUCUUUGCUGGGGUCAGUUCUGCCCAAUGUGCGGCACCAAAUGUUUCCCAGGCGAAUGAACCAAGCUGCAGAGAAGGUAGUGUGAUUGCCGACGGCGGACUUUGCACUCCGAGCUGCAACAAUGGAACACUGCCGGUUGCGCGUGGCUUCAGCACGCUGGUUUGCCAAUUCGGCAGCCUCUUUCCGGAGACCUUCGUCUGUCGACCGGUGGAAUGCAGGCAUCCUCCCAGCCUCUUCGCGCGUGUGGCUGAGCAGCGGGCUCCGUUCGGGAUGUUGCGCGGGGCGGUUGUGGUCUGGAACGAUACGUUUCCCAAGAAUGGCGUGGAGUACGCGGCCGAGACUACUUGCGACUCUGCUUCGCCGAGCUCCACUGACGGCAAAGGAUGCGGCAGCUGCCUCAGCCCUGUGGUGCAGGUGGACGCCACGUUGAGCCGAGCUUCUGUCCACGGAGGUGUCCGUUUCAUGCUGGCCUUCCAUGCUCAACAAGGUCGUCGGCUGGCCUUGGUGCUCGAGGAGGACAUUCUCGUCACAUGGGCUUUGGACAGCGGCGGUUCCACCCAGGCCUCUGUGGCCGCUGAUCCUGCGGACUUUCAAGCCCUGGACGACGAGGUUUCCGGAUCCGGGGAGUCUUUGCCUCAAGGCAGCCGACUGGUUGCAACCUUCGUCAACGACCUCAACCAGUUUGAUUCUGGACCAGAAGUUGGAAGUACAGGUGGUGGCAGCGGCUUGGAGGAUGUCUUCUCCGUUGCUUCACUGACGUGGAGCCGUCCCCCGCAGGCUGCACGGAUUGAAAGGCUGCAGAUGGCUUUCCGCUACGUGCUCCGUGGCUGCGAUCCCGGUCGCGAGGGCCUCGGGGCGGUGACGAUGUCCGUGGCCCUGCAGAGCAUGGCUUAUGACGUCUCCAGCUGCCCUGCCCAGGGGCCAGCCUCUUCCUGCAAUGUCAGCUGCACCCCGGGGUCUGCCGGUGAAGCAGAGGCACAGUGCCUGGAAGAGGAUGGCGACUUUGUGAUUGGUGGCUGUCAGGCACCCUGCCAGGCUCUACCGCGCUACAACCAGGCAACAGAUCCGGAUGGAGUCGCCGGAGCCGCUGAGGUGAGCUGCGCAGAAGGUCUCCUCAUCCCUCACGGAACAACUUGCUCACCCAGCUGCAGGGAGGGCUUGAUCUCUAACAUGGCCACCAUCCUGUGCAACGAUUCCGUCUUCGAGCCGGAGCGCUUCAGCUGCCAUCCUAUCUGCGCUGCGCCAACCGGGGGAGAGUUCGAAGGCAGCCCUCCCUGCGAGGCCGGGCGGGAGUGGCAGGAGCUGCAAACUUCACCGGCACUCCGGCCCGGAGUCUGUACCGCGCAAUGCCAGUUGGGCUACCGACCUCGCUGGAUUACUCCUCCGGAAGGAGAGAUGGUUUCUCCACCACUUCUGCAGCUGAACUGCAGCGAUGGCGAGCUGCUGCCAACCGACAGCUUCGACUGUCAGCCCUUGUGGCUGGCCCUUGCCGAUUUUCCAGGCGCAGGACCUCAUACUUGGAGCUCCUUCUCUGCCGCCCGUGGCAGCUACCUCCUCCGCAGCACAGCGGAUCAGGAAAGCCGGACUGCCAGCAGACUGGAGCUGUACCGCUUGGCGCGCCAUGGACAGGACCAGGAGCUGCUUGAUACUCGGGAAGUCCAAGACUUCGAGGUGCUGGCGAUGGAGGCCUUGCCCGUUUACCUGGGUGAGACUUUGCUCGUGGUCACCUCCUCUUUGAGGGGUACCUCCCCGUGCUCACCAGUUUUGGCUUUGGCUCCAAAUGCCACGGACGAAAGCUUCGAAGCUGCGAUCCUUCAGGAGCUACCCUUGGCGGAGCUACCCGGUCCUUUGACGCUGGCGAACUCAACGGACUUUCCUGAACUUCCGACCAUCUUCCGGUGGAAUGGUUCCCAGUUCGAGGAGGUUCAGCGCUUACCCUUCGGGGCGACCCACCUGGAACCCUUCCUCUGGCAGUCUCAGGUGCUCAUUUUUGCCGCGGCAGGCCAAGGGCAAGCGCGGCUCUACGAAAACAAUGCCGCAGAGGGCGACGAGUUCGUCGCCACAGACUACUCGGCGCAGGGAGCAUUGGCGGCCUUCUGGCUUGGCUGCCGUGACGAUGCCGGCUUCCUGGACGUCGCAAGCGGACUCCCUUGCUCAGACCUGGCUUCCUCUGCCUGCGACAGCCUCGACGUGAAGAGGUCUUGUGGGCAUCUGUGUGGUUGCAACCACUCCGGGGCAUUCCUGGUAGUGGCCUUUGCAGACCCCGACAGCCGCCUGGAGGUGAUGGAGGUCCUCCCAGGACCACGGCUUCAGACAGCAGCAGCCUUGGUCGCGCCGGGCCCGGCUCGCCGGCUUGCGGCGCUGUACGUUCCGUCCCUUCUGGACCUGUUCCUUUUCGCAUCAUUCCAGUCCUCCACGCACACGGACGCGGCCGUUUACCGCUGGCGAGAGCUAGGAGACCUCAGGCAUGUGCAGAACCUCGCUCUGGAAGGUUCCGGCUCUUCUCCGGUGGUGCUGCAUGCGCUGGGCGCCAGUCUGGCGAUGCUUAGUAGCCAUGCUCCAUCAGGCACGAUUUCGCGGCUUUUUGCAGCUGAAGGCAGCUUCUCUUGGCAGACUGGGCCUUUCGGGCCUUGCAAUGCCACUUGCAAGGGUGCAGAUCCUGUGUAUCGCGAAAGACAGGUGGUUUGUCGAGGCUUUCCCAGUGGACUUGGCUUCGCUUCCCAGUCAGGACACCACCUAAAAACAUCUCGGUCGAUGACUGUGGGGCUCGCCGGCUUCGCCGGGGACGACGCGCCCCGUGCUGUUUUUCCUUCCAUUGUGGGCCGACCGAAGAUGCCUGGCAUCAUGGUUGGCAUGGACCAGAAGGACAGCUAUGUGGGUGACGAGGCACAGUCGAAGAGAGGUGUCCUGACCUUGAAGUAUCCCAUUGAGCACGGCAUUGUCACAAACUGGGACGACAUGGAGAAGAUUUGGCACCACACCUUCUACAACGAAUUGCGCGUGGCACCGGAGGAGCAUCCGGUGCUCCUGACUGAAGCACCGCUGAAUCCAAAGGCGAACCGAGAACGCAUGACGCAGAUCAUGUUCGAGACCUUCAAUGUGCCUGCGAUGUAUGUGGCCAUCCAGGCUGUCCUUUCGCUCUACGCCUCUGGCCGCACCACCGGGAUCGUCAUGGACAGUGGCGAUGGCGUCUCCCACACUGUGCCCAUCUACGAGGGCUACGCGCUGCCCCAUGCAAUCCUACGCUUGGAUCUGGCCGGCCGCGACCUCACGGAGUACAUGAUGAAGAGCCCUGCCAUGAUAAGGAUCCUUACGGAGCGUGGCUACUCCUUCACCACCACGGCAGAGCGCGAGAUCGUGCGUGACGUCAAGGAGCCUUUGCCGUGGGAGACCAACCUCAGGGGCUCACCUGAGAAGCUGUGCUACAUCGCCUUGGACUUCGACAGCGAGAUGAAAGCCGCCAGCGAAAGCAGCGACAAAGAGAAGACCUACGAGCUGCCUGAUGGCAACAUCAUCACCGUGGGAUCCGAGCGAUUCCGCUGCCCGGAGGUUCUCUUCCAGCCGAGCUUUGUGGGUAAAGAGGCCAGUGGCAUCCAUGAUACCACCUUCCAGUCCAUCAUGAAGUGCGAUGUGGACAUUCGCAAGGAUCUCUACUCCAACGUUGUGUUGUCAGGGGGUACCACUAUGUUCCAGGGCAUUGGUGAGCGCAUGACAAAGGAGUUGACCGCAUUGGCACCCUCCACAAUGAAAAUCAAAGUUGUGGCUCCGCCUGAGCGGAAGUACAGUGUUUGGAUUGGCGGCUCCAUCUUGUCCUCUUUGAGCACCUUCCAGCAAAUGUGGAUCUCGAAGGGAGAGUACGACGAGUCUGGCCCAACCAUCGUCCAUCGAAAGUGCUUUUAG